CAGUCAGAAAGUUAUGUAGACAAAUAUCAGCAAGAAUUGCAUGUUUUCAAUAUGAAAAACAUGCACAGUUUGAUGCUAGACAUCAGCCUAAUUUUGGUAGAUUUUUGGAUAUGGAAGACUGGUUUGUAGAGCGUGAUAUUGAGAAAAUUAAAAAAGAUGCAUAUGAAUGGAAACUGUGCAAUACUGAGGAUCAAAGAAAGAAACACCUCUCUGAAAAAUUGGAGAGGGAUUUUCUGGAUAUACAGCAGACCAAAUCAGACCAACAUAUUCUUGCAAACUUUGUUAAAGCAUGUAAUCUGUUGGUCUGUAGAAUAUUAGACAAAGAAUCACUUAACGAAGCUCAUCAAAGAUUAUUAAAUGUUGCAAAGUUAAUAGAACACCAUUAUGGACCUGAAAAAAUUACUCCUAAUAUCCAUUUAAGUUUGCAUUUAUGCGAAAAUUGUAUGGAUUACGGACCAUUAUAUUCAUUUUGGUGUUUUUCUUUUGAACGUAUGAAUGGAAUCCUAGAACCAGAACUUUUGAGAAUUAUUCUCACGAAUAAUUCUUUGGAUGAAGUUGUAUCAAAUGCUGAAAAAAAUGUCAGAUUAUCCGAUUCUCUAAUAAUAUUAAAAGGAAGAAUAUCAGGUGAUAGCAUAGAUAUUUCAGAUGAAUUUGAAACACAAGAUCUUCUUCAAUUUUAUAAAUUAAGAAAUAUUAUUGAUCAAGGAGAAUCUUUUAGCUACGAACUAUUUCAUGGUAUAUUUCUUGGUCCAAAAUCGGAAAAUGCUAUUUUACAAAAUAAUAUUUUAGACCUUUUAGUCGAAUUUUAUAACAAUGGAGUAACAGGUUAUCAAUUUACCACUCCAGGAGAUAUAUUGAGAAUUGAUCAAAUAUCUGUAUUUCCCAAAAUAAUUCAAUAUGAGCAAUUAAAAUUGGGGUCAGAAAUUUUUGGAUCUACAUUCUCGGCUCGCCAUAUCAAAUUCUCAAGAAUUCUAGCAAGAUUUGUUGCUCAAGAAGAUGAAUCAGUAGAUUUAUAUCCUGGUCAAGUUCAAUUCUAUUUCGAUCACACUAUUCAUCUUCCUUCUGGUGAACUAACAUAUCACCUUGCAUUUGUAAGGUGGUAUAAACCUGUUGAAAAUUAUGAAACCAGGUUCCAG